CCAAAAUUAACAUAUAGCCAUUUUCCCAACUCUUCUCUUCUAUUUAAGUUCUUUUAGUGAAGCUGUCGUCAUGUUACUCAAGUACUCCCACUCCCUUUGCCCCCGAUCUGGUGGUGAUAUAGCCUCUGACCAGAAAGACUGGAUGUCUCUUUGCUAGAACUUCAUUAGGUGGUCAGGAAAGAUUGCUACAGAACAAUGUUAAAUGCUUCUUUGACCACCUGUCACAGCCCUGACAGGUUGAUUCUAUUGCCUCUGCAGCAACCCCAUCUUCUAAGCCUGGGAGCACCUUGCCGAACUCUGAUUCACUCAUGUAGGCAGCUUGGUCACCUGUACCUCGGGCAGAGAAAGGGGUGGAGGAAGAGCUGGAGGUGCUCCUGGAACAACAGAGUACCAUAGAGAGCAAGAUGGUCACCCUUCAUCGCCUGGGUCCUAACCUGCAGCUGAUUGAGGGGGAUGCUAGACAGUUGGCUGGGAUGAUCACCUUCACCUGUAACCUGGCUGAAAACGUCAGCAGUAAAGUUCGGCAGCUUGAUCUUGCUAAGAACCGCCUCUAUCAGGCCAUCCAGAGAGCUGAUGACAUCUUGGACCUGAAGUUCUGCAUGGAUGGGGUUCAAACAGCAUUGAGAAAUGAAGAUUAUGAACAAGCAGCUGCUCAUAUCCACCGCUACUUGUCUCUGGACAAAUCAGUCAUUGAGCUGAGCCGACAAGGCCAGGAGGGCAGCAUAAUUGAUGCCAACCUGAAACUCCUGCAGGAGGCAGAGCAGCGCCUGAAGAUCAUAGUGACUGAGAAAUUUGACGUGGCUACGAAGCAGGGAGACCUGCCUCAGGUGGAACGUUUCUUCAAGAUCUUCCCCCUGCUGGGCUUACAUGAGGAGGGGCUGAGCAAGUUCUCGGAGUACCUCUGCAAACAGGUCGCUAACAAAGCCAAGGAGAACCUGUUACUGGUGAUGGAGACCGACAUGAGUGACCGUAGGGCUGCAGUCAUCUUUGCAGAUACACUGACACUCCUCUUUGAAGGAAUCGCUCGGAUCGUGGAAACCCACCAGCCCAUAGUGGAGACCUACUAUGGGCCAGGGAAGCUGUACACCCUGAUCAAGCACUUGCAGGUGGAGUGUGACCAGCAAGUGGAGAAGGUGGUGGACAAGUUCAUCAAGCAGAGGGACUAUCACAGGCAGUUCCAGCACGUUCAAAACAGCAUGGUGAGAAGUUCAGCUACGGAAAAGAUUGAACCAAGGGAACUUGACCCCAUUUUGACAGAGGUCACCCUGAUGAAUGCCCGCAGCGAGCUGUACCUCAGAUUUAUCAAGAGACGGAUCGUCUCGGACUUUGAAGUGGAAGACUCCAUGGCCUCGGAGGAGGUAAAGCAAGCACAUCAAAAGUCUUUGGACAAGCUUCUCAACAACUGCCUGUUGAGCCGCACCAUGCAAGAGCUGAUUGGCUGUUACAUCACCAUGGAGGAGUACUUCAUGCGGGAGACUGUCAACAAGGCCGUUGCUAUGGACAUGUGUGAGAAGGGUCAGCUGACCUCCAGCAUGGUGGAUGAUGUCUUCUACAUAGUGAAGAAGUGCAUCGGGCGCGCCCUGUCCAGCUCCAGCAUAGAUUGUCUCUGUGCCAUGAUCAAUCACUCCACCACCGAGCUGGAGUCCGACUUCAGGGAGGUUCUGUGCACCAAGCUGAAGCUGGGCUUCCCGGCCACCACAUUCCAAGACAUCCAGAGGGGGGUGACCAGCGCGGUGAACAUAAUGCACAGCAGCUUGCAGCAGGGCAAGUUUGACACCAAAGGCAUCGAAAGCACUGAUGAGGCCAAGCAGUCCUUUCUGGUGACCUUAAACAAUGUGGAGGUCUGCAGCGAAAACAUAAUGACCCUGAAGAAGACUUUGGAGAGCGACUGUGCCAAGCUGCUUAGCCAAGGCUUUGGGGGCGAACAAGCUGAAGCCAAGAUCGACAGCUGCCUCGCUGACAUGGCUGCAGUGUCUAACAAGUUCCGAGAUCUGUUGCAGGAAGGACUCAGUGAGCUGAACAGCACAGCUGUCAAACCACAGGUGAAACCCUGGAUCAACGUCUUCCUUUCGGUCUCCCAUAAUAUUGAGGAGGAAGAGUUCAAUGAUUAUGAAGCCAACGACCCAUGGGUCCAGCAGUUCAUCAUCAACCUGGAACAGCAAAUGGCAGAGUUCAAGGCUGGGCUCUCGCUCGUGAUCUAUGACAGCCUCAGCAGCCUGACCACCAGUCUCAUUGCCAUUGAGCUGGAGAAGGUGGUUCUCAAAUCUACCUUCAGCAGGCUUGGCGGCCUGCAGUUCGAUAAGGAGCUGAGAUCGUUGAUAGCCUAUCUCACCACCGUGACCACGUGGACCAUCCGGGACAAGUUUGCUCGUCUUUCCCAGAUGGCGACCAUCCUCAAUCUGGAAAGGGUGACAGAGAUCCUGGAUUAUUGGGGCCCCAACUCAGGUCCCUUGACCUGGCGCCUCACCCCAGCAGAGGUCCGUCAGGUGCUGGCCCUCCGAAUCGACUUCCGCAGCGAGGACAUUAAGAGGCUGCGCCUGUAGCUGGCGCGCGCUAUCUGCAGCUCCUGGCCAUCCUCGGACGCGCUUCAUAGUAUGAACGUAGAAUCCCAUGAAGCCUGUCCUCAUGCUUCCAGCGCUUGCUGCAGCAGGGCUGUGAUAGGCUCGGGCGGACAGCUGGCUCUGUCAGCCACCAGCCCUGUGAUGACUCUAGUGCUGCUCCCCAGUGCUCCACACCCGGCUUUCCUGGUAGGGGAGACCUGGACUCAGGAAGGCCCAGUUCAGCUCACUGCCUUUCAGGGAGCAGAGAUACGGCGGCUGUGGAAUCUCUCAUGUUGAGAGCAGUGGCAUUCCAGCAGGGCUCCUCGCUGGGGUGCCCUCCCCCAUGACACUAACACUAAAGGAUCAGGCUGUUCUGACAGAGGGUUAUAGCUUGCUCAUGCCUUCCUCUGCUCACCUUCCCGUCUCAUGACAGGUUCUGUGAAGUACGUGGCUGCAGUUCCAGAUGCUGCCCCUAUGAGGUGACUCAAGCACCAGUGACCUUCUGCAGACCAUUGGCUCAGAGUCCAUGGUUGCCCUGGCCCACCAGGGGUGUAAUCCUGGUGUUCUUCAGCUGCUGGAGUUCCAGUGGGCAGUCCCUGUCCUGGAGGAGGAGCUGUUCUCCCAGUGCCGGGUGGGUGAGUUCUUCAGGCUGGGGCGUAAGUGGGGAUUGUCUGAAAUUCACACGGGGCUGCUGAUGGUCAAGUCCCUUCCGGAAUCAGGGCUCUGGCUCCUCUUAUAUCUGUUUACACGCUGUGCAGUGAGGUGGUGAAUAAAGAUGGAGGAGUGCGGAGUAA